CUCACAAUCUCGUUUUCUCAGAACAAACGGAACAGCUCUAACUUAAAAAAAAACAAACAGUAUGUCGUACGGGUACGACGAUGAUUCCAAGAGAAAGAAGAGGUAUGUUAUUAUCUCAAUCUCCUCAGUUCUUCUAAUCUCCAUGGUCGUCGCCGUUACCGUCGGUGUCAACCUCAACAAGCACGAUGGUAAAGGUGACUCUGAAAGUAACGGGCAGAUAACGGCUUCAGUCAAGGCCGUCAAGGACAUAUGUGCACCAACGGAUUACAAAAAGACUUGUGAAUAUAGUCUCAUCAAGAACGGGAAUAACACGACCGACCCGAUGGAGUUGGUUAAGACAGCGUUCAGUGUUACGAUGAAGCAGAUCACCGACGCGGCUAAGAAGUCUCAGACGAUUAUCGAUCUUCAGAAGGAUCCGAGGACGAGGAUGGCGCUUGAUCAGUGCAAGGAGCUGAUGGAUUACGCGUUGGGGGAGCUUAGUAACUCCUUUGAGGAGCUAGGGAAGCUUGAGUUCCACAAGCUCGACGAGGUUUUGAUCAAUCUGAGGAUUUGGCUCAGCGCGGCGAUAAGCCACGAGGAAACUUGCCUUGAAGGGUUUCAAGGCACGCAAGGGAAUGCUGGAGAGACCAUGAAGAAAGCCUUGAAGACGGCUAUCGAGUUGACGCACAACGGGCUAGCGAUCAUCAGCGAAAUGUCGAAUUUCGUGGGGCAAAUUGAUAUUCCUGGGCUGAACAGCCGCCGGCUUUUGGCCCAGGAAAUUCCCUCGUGGGUGGACCAGCGAGGGCGUAGGCUCUUGCAGGCUGCUUCCGAGUACUCCGACGCAAAGCCUGAUAUUGUUGUGGCUCAGGACGGGAGCGGUCAGUAUGCAACGAUCAACGACGCGUUGAAGCACGUUCCAAAGAAGAAGAACACGACUUUUGUAGUUCACAUUAAGGCUGGAAUCUACAAGGAGUACGUUCAAGUCAACAAGAGCAUGACUCAUCUCGUGUUCAUCGGCGAUGGUCCCGAGAAAACCAUCAUUUCCGGUAGCAAAAAUUACAAGGACGGUAUCACUACCUACCGUACCGCCACUGUUGCCAUCGUUGGAGACUACUUCAUUGCCAAGAACAUAGGGUUUGUAAACACUGCCGGGGCAAUCAAACAUCAAGCUGUUGCAAUAAGGGUUCAAUCAGAUGAGUCCAUAUUUUUCAACUGUAGAUUCGAUGGUUACCAAGACACGCUCUACGCUCACUCCCACCGUCAGUUUUACCGUGAUUGUACCAUCUCAGGCACCAUUGAUUUUCUCUUUGGAGACGCGGCUGCUGUUUUCCAGAACUGCACUUUGUUGGUGAGGAAGCCACUUCCGAACCAGGCAUGUCCGAUCACAGCUCACGGUCGCAAAGACGUGAGGGAAUCAACAGGAUUUGUGUUCCAAGGUUGCACGAUUGCCGGCGAACCGGAUUACUUGGCAGUCAAGGAAACUAGCAAAGCCUAUCUCGGAAGGCCAUGGAAAGAGUAUUCAAGGACUAUUAUCAUGAACACUUUCAUACCAGAUUUUAUCCAGCCACAAGGAUGGCAACCAUGGCUUGGAAACUUCGGCCUCGACACAUUGUUCUACUCUGAAGUACAGAACACAGGACCUGGAGCAGCCCUUGCAAACCGGGUUACUUGGCCCGGUAUUAAGACACUGAGCAACGAAGAGAUCCUUAAGUUCACACCGGAUCAGUACAUUCAAGGUGAUGUUUGGGUUCAUGGCAAAGGUGUACCAUACACUCCUGGCCUCUUGGCUGCUAACCCUAAUGCUGCAACCACAAUCCCCAGCAACUCAGCUGCUCCAGGUUUCUCCUCCUUCACGGAUACAAGUGGUGCUGGCUCAGUUUCUCCAGCAGCUUCCCCGCAAGGGUCUAUUAAGAUGGUUUCAAAGUCUAACUAGAAAGAUCGAUUAAGAUGCCAUAUAAUGUGCUUAUUUCCUACUCUAAUUCAAGACAAUCUGGAAACAAAAAACAUUUGCACAAACUUGAGGAAUUCAGGAUUAUUGAUCUACCAAAUUGUUGAGAUUAAACUCAUGUUUGAUAUCACAGUAUUUUAAAGAUGUUGUGUAUAAAUCUUAAUUAUAACAAUGAUUAUGUAGAAAUAGUUUAGAUAAAUUAAUUUUCUUUUACUUAUGUAUCCUAAACGAAAUUAAAACCUGCAAAUCGAAUUGGAGAUAAUAGCUUAUUUAUUUCGUAUGAAACACAAUGUUUAAGAAAAAUAUACACUUAUUUUUGCUGAUACAAAUCGUAAAAAAGUGCUAUGCAAAAAAGUAAUAUAGAGGUCACUCAAUGUUAUUCAGAAUGUGAUUCAUUAAAUUCAUUUCACCAUAUCACACACACACACACCUCCUCCAUACAUGAUACAUUUAUCAAUUUAUGAAUCAGGACAAGAUUAUGAAAAUAGAAAUUCAUAAAUUAUUACUAUAACGUAACUUGCACCCCCAUGCAUGAAGGCAUAAAUAGUGAAACCAAAUUGCUUUCACCAAAAAAUAAGUUUUGAUUAUCUUUCUUUCAUAGAAGAAAGAUGACAUUUUCAGGAAACAGAAGUAGUUACACCUAACUUCAUUUACUUCUGCUGCGUUCACUUCAUUUCCGCACUUUCAUCUUUGUUUUUUUCGCACUUUCAUCUUUUACUCAUCUCAUUGCUAGAAUUCAAAUACAUGAUCCGGUCAACCUCCCUCCAGAUGUUCUCCACUUUAUAUUUUUCUCGAUGAUCUAUCUGAUUCUGAUUCAAUUCUAACAAUCCAACUAGUGGUGGAAUUAGAUAAAAUCACCAAACGAAAAACUUGUUAUCUCCACUUUAAACCUGGUCUCUAAGAUGCAGUGAUCAAAUCAGCGGAAAAAAAAGAGCAUAUAUUUUCUUACAAAAUGUGUCAGACAGUAAAGUGUCCGUCCUUUGCAUUCUUCGAAUUCUACGCUAGCUUUUUCAAAAGAAAAAUCCAUAAAUUUCGACAUAUUAAUCAAAUUAAGCUGAUGAGUAGAUCUGAAACAAAACCAACAUUUAAUUUGGAUACACAAUUUACUCUAUUCUAUGUAGAUAUAGAAAAUAUUUUAUUUUGGGUUAACAUACAAAUUGUGGUAAAUAAAGGAAAGUGGCUUCUGCAAGGCAGUUUUGCAUGCACGCCUAGUCUCAACAACCUACAUCUCUACGCUUUACUUCUCUGCAUUUACUUCUCUCUUUCACCAAUUGGGAAG